AUGGCGGCAGUAAUCUUAUCUGGAAUCUUAGGCUUAACAACAUGGAAGAGGCCGUUGGUGCUUUUGGCUAACCUAUUUGUUCUGCUGUCUAUCAUAUGUGUUCUGCUGAACCUGGCUGGAUUUAUAUUAGGAUGUCAAGGCAUUCAGUUUGUGUCCAGUGUACCCAGAUGCAAUUUGGUGGAUAUGGGUGAAAACAAGAUUUGUUUCUGCUGUGAAGAAUUUCAUCUCGCUAAAUGCACAGAAGAAGAGACUGCGCUGAAGCUAUACUAUAUGAAGUCGUGCAGUGCUGCUCACCUUCUUCUCAAGAAAGUUCUCUUUGCUAUUUGUGCCCUGAAUGCUCUCACCACCACAGUUUGCUUGGUAGCGGCUGCCCUGCGUUACUUACAGAUUUUUGCAACAAGAAGAUCCUGCAUAGAUGAAUCUCAGAUUGAAGACCAAGAUCAUGUUUUGGAUCCUGAUGAUUUUGUCCCACCUGUGCCGCCUCCCUCCUAUUUUGCAACUUUUUAUUGUAAUCCACGAACGAGUGGCAGGAUGCUUGGCUCUGAUGUGAUUCCAUUGCCCCAUAUUUACGGAGCGCGAAUCAAAGGCGUUGAAGUGUUCUGCCCUCUGGACCCACCUCCUCCUUACGAAGCUGUGUGGAGCCAGAACAGCUCUGAGCAGGAAGGUGCGCUACAAAUAAGUGUCAUGGAAGUUGUUGAUUCGGGGGAAGUGAGUGACAGGCAGGCCUCUCAAGGUGAAGAAAUUCCUGAGUCUUCCAGCAGAGUGAGCCUUUCACUUUCAAAUGCAAGGCUGGUGCCGGCAGAAGGAGUGUGCAGGAGAGCCUUCAAUCCCUUGCGGAAAUGGUCUAAAAGUGACCCUGUGCUGCACUGCCAGUUGCUUCAAGGGGCAGUGCUCAGCUGUGAAGCUGCAACGCAGACUGAAGUAAAACCACAACUCUGCGCUGUCACCUUGCGGAAGAGUUUGAGAGCAAGAGCUUUGAGGGGAAGACCCCAAUCUUUGAUAGACUACAAAUCUUACACAGACACUAAACAGCUUGUGGCAUGGAUCCUAGAGCAGUCUUGCAGCAUGAGCCCUGACAUACACGAAUUGGUGGAAAAUAUCAAGUCUGUUUUAAAAUCAGAUGAGAAACAUAUGGCAGAAGCUAUCACCAGUGCCACCUUCCUUGAGCAGGUGAUGACACCUGCCCAGCAAGCCAUGUCAUUGAGUGCCCAUGUGUUACCUUUCAGACAGCAUCCUGGAUUGCUGCACCUGGAGAGCUGUGGUGACCUGAGUACUUUCACCACAGCUGAAGAUCAGCUAGCAGAGAGGAGGAUCCAGAGAGCAGAGCAUGAACGGCCUCACAGUCUUAUUGGUGUUGUCAGGGAAACUGUACUUUGAGCUGGUUUCUGUUUAUCCCUCAGCAGAGCACUUCUGUCAGACAUUCAUGCUGCACAGGAAAAUCAUCUCUGACAAGUGGGUGGAAGAGUGUGUCGAUAAUCCUUUUUUUUUUUU